AUGCCAGAGGGAAAGGCGCCGCACUUCCCACAGCAGCCCGUUGCACGUCAGAACGAUGACGGUUCUCUUGAGCUUGAAUGCUUUCUUGACGCUUCUCCUCAGCCAGACAUCAAAUGGUUCUAUGAUAACAAGGAAGUGAAACCCGACUCCCGUUUCCAGUUCAAACUCGAUUCAAAGGGAAAUGACUCUUAUUCUGCCAUCCUCCAAAUUAAGGACCUCGCCGACAGCGACGCUGGAGGUUAUCGUUGCGCUAUCGUCAACCCGCACGGAAAGGGAAAUGCUAACUUCAAUUUGAAGCUCACGGGUUUCUCUUCUCCUACCUUCGUGGAGAAGCCGCAGAUAUCUUCGCGCGAUGACGGGCAAGUGAUGGUCAUGGAAUUCCGCGCCAAGUCAAUUCUUAAACCGACUUUCGUCUGGCAUAAGGGAGAUGAAAUCGUUGCACAGUCCGACAGAGUGAACAUUGUUCUUAGGGAAGAAGCUAAUCAAAUUUACUACGCUGCCCUAGAGAUUAAGGAGCCAACGAAAGAGAAGGAUGCUGGUCAAUUUAUAUGCACGGCUAAAAAUGAUUCGGGAAAACUCACCGCGACCUUUACUGUGAAGUUUGAGGUACCACAAGGAGCACCCACCUUCACGCGAAAGCCCCAAAUCCUCCAAGUCACAUCUGAUUCUGGGGAUCCAGCUAUAGUUUUUGACAUUGGCUAUCAAGCCGACCGAAAUCCCGAGGUGAUGUGGAUCAAUCCCAAGGGCAAGAAAAUGAAAGAAUCUACACGAAUCCGCUUCCUCACUACCCCUGAUGGACCUAACAACACUUUCACUGCUAAGCUCGAACUCAAGAAUUACAAAGCAAAGGACUCCGGAACUUACACCUGCAAUAUCAAGAACGAGGCUGGAGAGGCAAAUGUUGAACUAACGCUAAAUAUUGAAGGACCAAUGGACGACGGAGGUGAUGAUGGAAGCGAAGCUUAA